UUCUCGUAACUUUGUGCAAACGAGACAUGAUGAGAGAUUCUGCACAUUCAUCCACGCACGGGUUUACAAAAACGUCAUGAUCGUUUACGUCGUAAUCUUACAAUUUAAAUACAAGUUGAACAAGGAAGGAGCGAUGCGCAUCUGUGAAAACCUCUAUUUUAAUAUGUUUCAGUUCAGUAAUGGCAGAUUACCUAAAUGUUGUUGUUGUUGCAAUUGGCGCAUCUCAUCGCUUCCGAAUGUGCAGUAUGUAUCAAUACGCGACUAUUAUGGACCGAUAUAUUCCUAUGGCACCCUGUCCUAUUCGCCACAUUCAAGCCAUUCCAGCACCCCGUCCUCAUCAGCAUCGAGCCAGGACAAUCAGAUUCCCCACAAUACAGUGUCUAUUUCCUUGAGCGUUCGAGCUCGCCAACCCCGUACACAAGAUACAAACCAUGAUACCAGCUGUCGUAUUUGGCCCAAUCUUACCGUUAUAAUAACUGCCUAUAGCGUCAUAGUGUGACCAGUGACAGCUGAUCAACAAGUUAACUAAGAGCUGUGCCUUCGGAAAACCGCAGCAAGUAGAUGUGGAAGAGUAUAUUAACAGACAAAAAUAAGAAAACUAGCUAAUACGUCAGUAGAAUGAUGUCGUGCCUUGUGACCGCGCUCGGCUAUAUCAACAAUAGGCAAGAAAUAGGGGACUCUACCUCUUAUCUACUGCUGCAAACGCCUCACAAAUUGCGUUUUCUUAGAAAGGCCGCAGUUAACGGCAAGCGUAUCGCUGGUAAUUUAACUAUGUUUCUAUCGAAUUUCUUAAUUUGCUUCUACAGAAUUGAAAUCGUACGACAUACUUUUCAUCGUAUUACUAAUAUUAUACCGUUGUCGUAAAAAGCUACACUGAUAAGCGCAUUUUUUCUUGCCGGUCAGGUUUAUACAUCUUGAUAUCACGAAUUGAAGGCGAUACUUUAUUAUAAAAACUAGCGUGUAUGUGAGGCCUAUCUGUCAUUUAUUAGUAGUACUGCAAUAAAAAGCUACGUUUUUUUCGUAUUACCACCGAGAAUUGAUAAUUUAGAUUAGAUACGAGAGGGUAUUUCUUAACGUUCAUGGCUUGCUUAGUAUACAUUUUGAAACAGGCAACACUGUUUUUGUUAGACAGUGGAGCUAUUAAAUUUUCCAGCUGAGAUACAAUAUUUUUCCAACACAAAAUGUAUUAUCUCAAAUAUGGCUCGCAUUUCUGCUCAUGUCCGCAGGAACUUCGAAAGGUGAUAUUGGCUGGAAACAGUUUUGGUUUGAAUCUGAUGAAGUAUUUAAUUUCAAAUAAUGACAAUACUAUCUUAGCGCCUGUAUCAUUGUCCAUCGCACUGAGCAUGCUCUAUUUCGCAUCGGAUGGAAAUACAAUGAAGGAGUUGUUUCGCGUCCUCAACUAUGAGCAGUUUGGACUGAAUCAAGACAUGAUUAAAUCGCCUCUUCGAAGUAUCUCAGUUGCUGGAAGGGCUGCUAAGAACGUGGGUUUCUCGUUCGAGUUGGGCAAUUUUCUGUUCACCCGAAAAGGUCUCAACGUCAGCCAGACGUACAGGAACAUCAUUAAUGAUGCGUUUUCUUCGUCCGUGGAAAAUGUGGACUUCUCGCGACCUCACGAGGCCGCUAGCCAAAUAAACCAGCUUAUCACAAAGGCUACCCAUGGACAAAUUCCUAACCCCGUUGGUAGCUUCAGCCCAGAUACACAAAUGGUUCUAAUGAAUGCUGUUUACUUGAAGGGCUUCUGGAAACAGCCCUUCUCAGUGCGAUCAUCGUUUGACUCCACGUUCGCCGAUGAUGGCGUUAACGAGGUCCCGGUGAAGAUGAUGUAUAUGCGACAUAUUUUCCCCGUGAAGUCUCUGCCCGAAAUCGAAGCCGAUGCCAUUCAGCUGGCGUAUGAAGGUGAUAUCUCGGUAAUGCUCAUCCUGCUACCGAAGCAUCCACGAGGCGUCGACCGAAUGCUACAAAGACUCAACGUUCUGAAGCUUAUUGAUGACUUGGAUAAUUAUCAAAACGAAUCACUCGAUUUGCAUAUACCCCGUUUCGAAGCGCAGGGUAGCUAUCGGUUCAAGCAGCAUCUGUACGAUCUUGGUGUCCAUGAUCUGUUUACUCCAGGUGCAGCAAAUCUCCCGGAAAUCGACCCAAUGGGUCAAAUUGUUCUAGAUGACGUAAUUCACAAGGCUAAGAUUCAAGUUGACGAACGAGGAACUGAAGCAGUUGCUCUGACGACAGCUCCGAUCAUAAAUUAUUCUAGACAUCCAUCAUUCAAUGUGCGGCAUCCAUUCGUGUUUUUCGUGGUUCAUAAACCCACAGGCGCUAUCUUUUUCGCUGGCAAGAUACUUCGAAUGAAUAACGGCCAAGCGCCAGGUCCACGAGGACCUCUGCCGUCGGCAUUGGGGUCCAAUAGUCGCUAUUUGGGCGUUGGCCGACGUUCUUAGCCAUAAGAACAAGUAAAAGCAAGAAGCAAACGGAUAGAGAGUACGGUAAAAAAAAAAAAAAAAAAAGUCAUAGUAAAUGAGUAUAUUUACAUAUAAAAUGUGCUUGCGUGCGUAGAUCCCCUUAAUCAGGAGUGUCAGUGUGUACAGUUUGGCUUUAUGCUUUUUUUUUUUCUAAUCGAUGAUACUAUUAGAAGCAAUGUGUCAUGCACGCGUUCCGUCUCGUUUACGUGCUCGUAAAGCGUGCAGUAUGAUGUAAUAUAACAGUUUAAAUCGUCACUACAUUAUGACUACAGAUCAUGUUAUUUGAUGACUACUAGGAUAGUUAGACUUUUUUUUUAGCUUAUCGUACGUGCUAUGAUUGAUGCUAUUCUAUAUGUAGGAUUAUUUCUGUAGUAUUUAAAGCACGGCUCUACGUUGAGAAAUUUCCGUGUUAAAUCAAUAGAAUUCUAAGGAGCUGUUCAAACGUCAUAUAGAUAUCUAAAAUUAAAACCUAUUCCUAGGAUACUACAAAGCAAAUCAAGUUAUAUCAAUAGAUGGAUGCAUGGAAAAUAUGUUGGCGAACUUGACAUUGAAACGUUCCUUAGUUGUUCUUACUUGUGAUACUGUUUUUUUUUUCUGUCAUUCGUGUACUUUGUUAAAUCCUUAUAAACGAUAUAAACUGUCGAAUUGAACAUUUUUUGGGAAAAACCUCGCGCAAUACUAUGCAGCCAUAUCUUGGCAACGAUUAGCCUUAUAAGAAAUCGCUUGUUUCUCUUCGAAAGGGCAGAUAUACUAACGUACCAAGACAAAUUUGAGGUCUUCGCAAAUCCAGAUCGUUUAUAAUCGUACCACUAUACUUGGCAUCCCGAAAUUUACUCACUGAUAUUGUCGCUCUUUCGAGCUCGAUUGAAUUUUACCAAAUACUGUUAUUUUUUAAAUUAUUUAAUGUAUACUACAGACAGUGAAUCUCUCAGCAUCUACCUACACAAUUUCACACUUAAUCGAGUGGCUGGACGCAAGCAUCGGCCCCGAAGACUUUUUGUUUUUGACAAUAGGCAGUGCUAAAUCCGACCUGCCGAAGCGGUGAGCGGUACGACCAAAUCUGUUUUGCGCCAUAUAUAUAAUCGUAAUCUGUUAGAUCUAUACAUUUUCAGUUAACACUUGUAAUAAUAUUAUUCAAUAGAUUAUACAAUUGA